CAAAAAUGUUAAAGAAAUUACAUUCAAAUGAACUCAGGCUCAAUUUGGCUACUCAAAGAAAGUUCCUGAAUGAUCUAUAUUACAAGUUACAAGAGGACCAAUAUGUGAACAAAAAAUUAGCUGCGAAUAAGCUAGUUGAGAAACUUAGAGGCACACUCAAUGAUCUUGCCAAGACUCUUGCGUUGAGAGAUAAGAUCAACAAAGAAAUAGAAAACCAGAAAAUCAAAGAUGAAAAUGAAGCCAAAGCUGAGAAAGCCAUCAAUAAGAUUGAUACAAACUCAUCAGCUUUAAGCAAUGCUGAUUCUUUCUUGUUCGCUAACACAAAGCAUAUCUCAAAGAAGAAAUCCUUCUUUAAAACUGGCACUCUCAAGUCUGCUAAUGAGAUGAAGAAGAAUACUUUACUAGGGGAUAAGACUGCUAAUGGCUCUGGUAGAAUAAAAAUAACUCCUCUCCAAAAGCAGCAGUUUGCCACAAAAGAACUAGAGGAAGAAUUUGAAGAUAAAACUCUUAUCGAUAUAGCAAAGUUAGAAAUAGAUGACACUGAUGAUAAGGAAGCAGUUAAUGAUUUUCUGAAUCAUUACAUCUCUGAAUUUGCUCAAUGAAUUUUCUACAUGAACACUGUAGAUUCAAAGAAAGAUUUCCUUUUGUUACAAUUGCUGCAUAAAAUCUCCAAGGUCAUAAUAAUUACCGAGAAGUUAGCAAAACUUGCGAUGGAUGGAGCUGCUCCUGAAGAUGAAGAUAGCUCAAAACAGCUUGAAGCUCAAAAAUAACAUAGAGAAAAUAAGUAGGUUCUCUACAAAAGGUAGUGGGAUCGGAAUGCAGCUAUUCAACAAAGUGAAGAAUAAUGAAAAAGAUAACAUCAGAGGCAAAUCUAGAUUUAUUCCACAUGGUUCUCAUCAAAUUUCAGCUAGCUCAGGUACAAAGGAUUUCAUGACAAAAGAAGUUUUCAGUAGCAGUGACUCUCAAAGAGAUAGUAAAUUUGGAAAUGCAAUUCCUGCCCCAGGGUUCUUGCCAAAUCCUAAUUUCACUGAAAAAGAUAUCCAAAGAUAUGAUUUAGAUAGUAUCUACAUCGGGCCUCAAAUAUGGGAUCCAAUAUUUAGUGGUUUCUAUUUCAUGAAAUACGAAAUCUUUAUAAAAUAUCUAAAAUUGAGCUACAAAAUUGAUCUCCCGUUUACUUUUGAUGGGAAAGACUUUAACAGCAUGAAUGUUAGAGAAUCAUUUUUGGUGAAAGAUGACAAAAUUACCCUCAAAAAUUAUCAAGUUUGGGCAGACUUCUUUUCUCUUGGAGAAAUUAUUACAAUGAUGUGCACAGACCUUACUGGAGAUAAACUUGCUAUUGAUGAGCAGUUCAGAGAAAGUUUUAAUUGUCCACAUGCUUAUGCUUUCAAGAUCAAGCGUAAAACUCCACAGGAAUUGAAAGAAACAAUAGACCCAGAUAAAGAUUGGAGAGAAUUGAUCUUUAUGUUGUACAAUCUCGGUUUAAAACAUAUUAGCCAUAAAUGUAUCAACAAUCCAUGGCCUCAAAGAAUUUUUACUCCUAAGCAAUCAUUUAUAAUCAAUCCUACCCAAAAGCCUUUAAAUAACUCUGGCGUACAGUACGAAAACAUGUCAAUGUUUGAUGUUGAAAAUGAUGAGCUUCUUUACAGUGUAAAGGAAGAGGAUACAUCAGGGUAUAAAUACGUAACAUUCUAUUUCGAUCAGCCUCUUGACAAAGAAAGCCUCUCUAAGACUCUACCCUUUCCAUUCAAACCUGUUGUAGUUGAGGAUUAUUCAGUAGAGGCCAGGAAAUAAUACUGGGAAUUCAAUCAGCCUUUUUGAGAAUAAAAAUAGUGAAUUAGAUAUUAUCGAUGAUCCUUCUGACUUUUCAGUAGGAAAUAAGACUAAAAUCCUCGAUGGAGAUAGAGUGGUUGUGAAAUCAUCUUCCACAGUCGUAGUCCCGAUUGAAGAAAUAGUGCUUAAACUGGAUAAAAUUAAGACAAUUGAGAUGCUUGACUGGAUUUUAAAGCAAAAUACAAAAUUAGUAAAAAGCAUAUUUCCAAAGUGCAAAUUUGAUAAAGAUGAGUGUCUUGAUUACAUCUUGACUCACAAUUUUUCAAAGGUUGAAAAGAAUGUGUUAGAUGAGGGAUGUGCUGAACUUUCUACUGAAACAAAGCACCAGCCAACUUUCCAUAAAAUCUUCAAUACAGACAUUAUCAUUCAACAACUGGAUGAUCAAAAAUUUAAUUCUGAUGAGGUUGAAGUAGAUGUUGUUCUGAGAAAAUCCUCUCAAAGCAAUCUUUUUAAAGAGGAUCUUGACAUUUAUCUUCAAAUUGACUCAACAUGAAUGAACAAAUUUCAAGAAAGAUUAUCGAUUUUUGAAGAAAUGGGCAGAAUUGAUGAUAUGCUCUACGAAACAGACGACUUUAUCGGAGUGAAAAGUAAAGAUGGAGAUCCCUCUGUUAAAAUAAACCGUAGAAAAGAGCUUAAAAACUAUGAUUCUUUCCUAGACUCCGAAAUUGAGUAAGUAUUGAAGGCCCAAAAUCCUCAUAAUUUAUAGCAAAGCUAGAGCAGAGAUUCUUGAAAAUACAAAUGAUUUAUUCUUCCUCUCUGAAGGUAUAUUUCUUCCUAAUUUUGUAGUAAAAACAGCAAAAGAGUUUGAAUUUGAGGAAACAAAAUUAAGGAAAUUUAAGCAGCAAUAAUUAGAUUUUGUAAUU